GAACGUUAAAGUCCUGAAACUGUAAAUGAUUUGGUGACAAGCUGAGUUUGCAAUGCAGGCAAUAAAAACCGUGGAAAAAGAAGUGACUUUUAUAAAGGAAAUACUUUUCACAAAAUCCUUCUCAGAGAAAGAAGAGUGCAGCAGGAGCGUGGCGAGCAGGCAGCUCGGAGAGAAGCAGCCAUUGGAAGGAGCUGUCUGCAGCUCUCAGUGCUGUACUGAGCAUGUCCCAGCGGAGCCCAGUGCAAGCAGCACAUUAUGCAAAAAGGCAGCUCUAGCAGAUGGGAGAGAGGCACAGCAAGCAUUUGAUUCACUUGCAUCACCACCGCUUGAAAACAAACCUGGAUCGCUAGAGGGGAUCUCGCCGGCAGGCCAAAGGAAUGAAAUCCGGGAGGAUGGCUUGAUUGCUGAAGGUGUUGCACUGCGAAAAAUCAUGGGGAAUCAAGAUGGGAAGCUAAAGAAAUAUACAGGCGAUGUGCAUGAAGGAGAAGAUGCCUCUGGGCCCAAGGAUACGGAUGGCACAAAGAAGGCAUCGGGAGGCAGAAAAGGACUGGGGAAGCAUGCAAAAGGAAGUGAAUCUGGCAAGAAGAAGGGUAAGUCGGACUCCAGGCCCUCUGUGUUUUCAAAUCUGAGGAUCAGGAAAAAUCUCUCCAAGGCUAAAGAUGGGAAUAGUAGUUCACGGGAGGAUGUUUUGGAAAGCCAGGCCUUGCAGCCUGGAGAGCUGGACAGUACUCAUUCGAUUGUAACCAAAACUCCAGAUAUAAGCAUCUCUGCGGAUGAAGGGGGUCUCUCAGACACAGAUGUUGAACAUUUUGAAAUCAGAAAUGAAACUGUUCCAGCUGCUGCAGAGACGCAGGAUGGACAAAGGACCAGCUCUGGCUCUGAUACGGAUAUAUACAGUUUCCAUUCAGCUGCAGAACAAGAGGAUUUGCUUUCUGAUAUCCAGCAAGCUAUUAGACUGCAGCAGCAGCAGCAGGGGGCAAUUAACAUUGGAACUGAGGACCUUGUCACCAAAACAAUGGGCCGACACACGGCUAAUUCGCAAGCAACCCCCUUAGAUUUUGAACAUUUUUUUUCAGUAACUACCACUGACAAAGAGAGGAGCCCAGACACUGAGGGUGCUUUGCCAGCGGUAUCUGAAAUUGCGGAAAACAUUCCCGUCUCCUGUGCAACUGAACGUGAACUGAAAGAAGUGGUAAAUGGCACAGGCUCUCCUGGUAACAGCUUAUUUGAAACUCAAGAACGUAAGCUACUGAGUGAGGAACAGCUCAUUGCUGGAGUGGAUGCUGUAGCUGGUGAACUAGAAGAUGAUUUAAAUAGAAUUGCAGUAGAAAACGGGUCUAAGGCACACAGCUCCACACAGCCUUCCCCAGCCUUGAUAGCAGAUGCUGAAGCAAAAACUGCUGAAGUGCAGGCUGUUGAUUUUCAGGGCUCAGUAACAGAGGAUGGUAUUUCAGAUGCAGGCCAUGAUCAUGCUGCUGAGACUCAGGAAGGGAAACACACUCUGUCAGCCAGUCAAGAGGACCUGCGUAAUGGUUUAUCCACAGAAAUGAAAGAUGGCAUUUUAUCCUCUGAAGGAACAGCAGACAGUCCAACGCUUGGUUCCCGAUGUUUUAAGCCUUAUCUAAUUAAUCCCUGUUACAUCAAAACCACAACUAGGCAACUGAGUUCUCCCAACCAUUCACCUUCUCCCUCCCCAUCCCAGAGCCCACUUAUUACAAGGAGGCAGGAGUCCUUCCACAAAAAAGAAAAGGUCUCAAUCAAGAAGCAGAGGUCUGCUAGUUUGGGAGGUUUUUUCAGUCGUUCUGCAGACUGGACAGAAGAAGUGUCUAAUCAGAAAGGCGAUAUAACAGAGAAGGUGAGCUCUGCAGACUACUUGGAGCACAAGGGGUUUAGAGAGAAAUUUCAAACAGAAAGAGUGCCUUUGACUCAUUCAAGAAAGUCCUCAGGGGUGCAGGCUUCUACAGAGACAUUUCCCAAUGUCUUUUCAGGACGAACUCUGCUGGAAAAGCUCUUCAGCCAGCAGGAAAAUGCGCCAAAAGAAGAAGCAGAAAAACUGUGUUCUCGCAUUAUUGCCAUGGGUCUUUUGCUUCCAUUCACUGACUGCUUUAGAGAGCCAUGUAGUCAGAGUGCCCAGCAAAGCACUCCCACGUUUGAUCAAGACCAGCUUUAUACUUGGGCUGCAGUUAGCCAACCCACACAUUCAUCGGAUUACAUUGAAGGAAGCUUUCCAAGGAGAAUUCCAUCUGCGUGGCCCCCACCCAAACCUCCAGAUGAAGAACAAAGACCCAAAACUUCGGAAGAAGAGUUGAAAUCUACGGUCCUAGAAACAGAGAAGCAGUGCAUAGAUGAUGAUCAGCAGGAUGCUUUUGAGGUGAAGUCUGAAGAGCGUGCCAGUGUCAUCCAACAACUUGAGCAAACUAUUGAGGAUCUGAGGACAAAAAUUGCAGAACUAGAGAAACAGUUUCCUGCUGCAGAGGUACAGAUUGCUGGGAGGGAGCAGGAACAUGAGCACACAGUCUGCAGGGAACUCAGCAGUGUGACUCUCCAAACAAAUGAAGAGGAGACCACACCCAGGACUGUGUCACAAGCGAGAUCUGUACAAACAUCACCAACGGAGGAUUAUUUAACACACACAAUGCCUUCAGCCAGUGCACUGCCACAGCCACCCCCCCCACCACACAUAGAAGGGGGCAAAAAUGAAGGGCCAACUCAGAAAUUGCCAGCUCUAGAACUACAGCCCACGUUUUGUUCUGAAAUCUCCUUAAUUCUGUCACCGAAGCUAAUCUCAGUGCCACUGGAUGCAAGCCAAUCAGUACAGAGUACACUGCAGUCACCUCUUCCGGGACCUAAAGUUGAUGUGCCUCUUGGAUUCGCAGGAGAGGCUGAAAUGCCAGCUUCCCAUCGGCCACUAAGCAUCAUGAUGGCACCUCCCCCCCCUCCUCCUCCUCCUCCCCCUUUGCCAAGUGGGGAGAUAUCGAUGCUGCCUCCAGCUCCUCCUCUCCCAUGUGCUGGAUUACCACCACCACCUCUACCACCACCUUUGCCUGGAGCAGGAGUCCCAUCUCUUCUGCCUGGUUGGGGUAUACCACCUCCCCCUCCACCACCACCACCUUUACCUGGGGCUGGUGUCCCUCCCCCCCCUCCUCCUCUGCCUGGUCUGGGAAUGCCCCCCCCAGCACCCCCUCUGCCUGGAACAGGACUGCCACCACCUCCCCCACCUCUGCCUGGAGUGGGCAUCCCACCUCCUCCUCCUCCUCUACCACCACCUCUGCCUGGUGCAGGUAUCCCCCCUCCACCACCUCUGCCUGGUAUAGGUGUACCCCCUCCACCACCUCUGCCUGGUGCAGCUGUACCCCCACCACCUCCUCCACCACCUUUGCCUGGUGCAGCUGUACCUCCUCCACCACCUCUGCCGGGUGCAGCUAUACCUCCUCCACCACCUCUGCCUGGUGCCGGUGUCCCUCCACCACCCCCUCCCUUGCCUGGGUUUGGGAUGCCACCUCCAGCCCCACCACCAUUGCCUGGAGGUGCACCACCCCUUCCAGCAGCAGCCCAGGGCAGCACCUACCCAGCAGUCCCACAGGGCUGUGGGUUUCUUCCUCCUCCACUACCAUCUGGUUUAUUUGCAAUGGGGAUGAAUCAGGAGAAAGGGAGCAGGAAACAUGUUAUAGAGCCUUCUCGGCCAAUGAAGCCUCUUUACUGGACAAGAAUUCAGCUGCACAGUAAAAGAGAUUCUAGUGCUUCACUUGUGUGGGAAAAAAUUGAAGAGCCUUCCAUAGAUUAUCAUGAGUUUGAAGAACUGUUUUCUAAAACAGCUGUUAAAGAGAGGAAGAAACCCAUUUCGGACACCAUUACAAAAACAAAGACUAAACAA